CGAAAAAACGAGAUAAGAAUUGGAAAUUUGUACUCUUGCAUCCGAGAUAAAAAUGUCGGAAUCGAAACAUUUGUCACUUAAGGGUUUUGAUUUCAAAAUUUGUUGACGUUUCGGCACUUAACUGUGAUUGUGCUAAAGAGCACUGAAAUCUUCGAUAAUUUAUCUGCAGAAUGAACUUUCUAGGUAUUUUUGUUUUCGUCUGCGUCGCGGCAACGGCAUUCUCAUGGGAAUUUCCAGGCUACCCUGGAGUGGACUGUCCAACAGCUCGAGAAAGGAUGAUCAGUAUGAGGGAUCGAGAAAAUGACCCAGAUGUGCGUUGGAUGUUACCCAGAUGUGAAAACGAUGGAACAUUUAAAGAUCUCCAGUGCUACGACAGUCCAGGAGUUGAAGACACUUGCAUGUGCGUCGCACCAGACGGUUCACCAUUAACUCUCCCUGGAUUCGGAAUGAAUGUAAAGACAUGCGUUUGCUUUAACAGGCAAUAUCAAGUAUAUGAGCACGAUCACUAUGCUGAAAUGCCAAAAUGUGAAAAAAAUGGCUAUUUCUCUGCUCUCCAGUGCAGUAAAGUGAGUGGAAAAUGCUGGUGUGUAGACAAACUUGGCAAUGUUUUAGUUCCACCAUCCACUCAAGUCCACUCCUGCAGCAAGUCUUUCUAAAGAUCGAAUUUGUAAACGAAACAAAAAUUGAAAUAAAAUUUAUAAGCGACGAAA